UAUUUAGAUUGUCAUUCGCAGAGCGAACGCAUGGUGUGUUGUUGUGUUAUUGCUGCGGUAAACGUUUUAUUAAAAUUAAAUAAAUUCAUUAAACAUGAGUGACGUUGAGGAGCAGUAUGAUCCCAAAACUCAUAAAAGUUUACUACAAGCCAUUAGCAAUUUGCAAACAACCCAACAUAUACGCAAGGCUACUCGUGGCGAGAUAAGGAAUCAGCACGACGAAUUUCAGUUGGUAAAGCGUGCGAAGUUAUCCACAGAUGUACCCAAGUCUAAUCUUGCAGUUAAUGAUGUCGUCCAAGUGCUAAAGAAAACUAAAAAACAUUUAGAUACCGGAAAACUGUUGAAAAAUGUACAAUCAACAAAGAAGGUUCUUGAAAAACCACUGGAAAAAACUGCAGCAGAUCGUAUACGCCGCACCAUUGCCUAUGAGAACACAAAGAAAACCUUAGCACGCUGGGAUGCAGUAGUUGCUAAAAAUCGUAGUUCUGAGACGCAAGUGUUUCCUUUGCAAACUGAGACAAUUUAUGUUGAUACAUCAGCACACGCAAAACCAUUUAAUUCGUCUCUGAAAUCUGACUUAAUGCUUGAAAUGGAAGCAAGCGAAGCCAAGUUAAGAGCUUUAAAAAGGGAACAAAUGGGUGAUACAACAGAUGAAAAAGAAUUAGAAAACGAAAAACAGAGAUUGUAUAAAAGAGAAAUGGUACGUCAGGAACUUAUAGCUAAGCGUAAAGAGUUGGCGUAUUUAAAAAUGCGUGAAUCACAAAAAUCAGCUAAAGCACGUUUGCAAAAUAAAAUAAAAUCCAAAAAGUAUCACAAAUUAAUGAAACGGCAGAAGAUACAAGAACAGAUGAAACAAUUUGAGUUGCUGCAAAAAACAAAUCCCGAGAAUGAAGAGAGAUUCCAAUUUCAUGAUUGCCGUGAGUUGGCAACGGGUUUUAGUGAAUUUUAA